AUGCCCUCGGAGGGGGACAUCGAGAUGCACAGUCUCGCCGCCAAGGAGGACAUAAUGCUGGCCCAGCAGGGCAGCAGCAGCAACCACAGCAUGCGCCGCGAGCCCAUAUACGACGACAACACGCGCGGCCCCAGCGCCCUCCGCCGCUGGGCCGACAGCUUUCGACGCGACCCGGGCAUUCGCAUCACACCAAAGGAGGUUCCGCUGUACCUCGACCGCGACCAAGUCCAUCAUCACCACCACCACCACCACCACCACCAUGAACAGUACCACCACCCGCCGCCACUACCGCCCCAGGUGCCCAUGCGCGAACACGAUGGAGAGCGAUAUUACGACCUGCGCAGCGCCACCUUGGCCACCGUCAAUACCGGCCUGUCACGCGAGCUCAAGGGGCGCCACCUGCAGAUGAUAGCCAUAGGCGGCUCAAUAGGCACUGGUCUGUUUGUCGCCUCUGGCAAGGCCCUCAGUACUGGAGGCCCGGCAUCGGUCUUGUUGGCCUAUUGCAUCAUCGGCGUCAUGCUGUACUGCACCGUACACGCCCUAGGCGAGCUGGCCGUCGUGUUCCCCGUUGCCGGUUCGUUCUCGGCAUUUUCGACUCGCUUCCUUGAUCCCUCCUGGGGUUUUGCAAUGGGAUGGAACUACGCCCUGCAGUGGCUUGUCGUUCUACCCCUCGAAAUAAUAGCAGCGUCCAUGACUAUACAAUACUGGGAUCCAAGCGUGAAAAGGGCCGUCUUUGUAGCAAUAUUUCUGUUGGUCAUAUUGGUCAUCAACUUGUUCGGCGUCAAGGGCUAUGGUGAAGCCGAGUUCAUUUUUGCCAUAGUCAAGGUGACGGCCGUUAUCGGCUUUAUACUGCUGGGCAUCGUCAUCAAUGUCGGCGGCACAACAACGGACGGGUAUAUCGGGACCAAGUAUUGGCACAACCCGGGCGCAUUCAACAAUGGUUUCAAAGGGCUCUGCUCCGUCUUUGUCCAGGCCGCCUUUGCCUUUGCCGGCACGGAGCUCGUCGGCCUCGCCGCCGCCGAGACGGCAAACCCGCGAAAAUCCCUCCCGACGGCCAUCAAGCAGGUGUUUUGGCGCAUCACGCUCUUCUACAUCGUGGCCCUGACCAUCGUCGGCUUCCUGGUGCCGUACGACUCGAAGCGACUCCUGGCCAGGAACAUCGCCGACGCCGCCGCGUCGCCCUUUGUCAUUGCCAUCGAGAGCGCCGGCAUCGAGGUGCUCCCCUCGGUCAUGAACAGCGUCAUCCUCAUCGCGGUCCUCAGCGUCGGCAACAGCGCCGUGUUCGGGUCCAGCCGCACCCUCGCCGCCCUCGCCGACCAGGGCCAGGCCCCGCGCGUCCUUGCCUACGUCGACCGCCGCGGCCGCCCCCUCGUCGCCAUCCUGCUCAGCAUGUCCAUCGGCCUGCUCGCCUUCGUCGCCGACUCGGACAUACAGCAGGAGCUGCUCGACUGGCUCCUCGCCAUCUCGGCCCUCAGCUCCAUCUUCACGUGGGGCAGCAUCUGCCUGUCGCACAUACGCUUCCGCCGCGCCUGGAGCAAAAAGGGCCGCUCGCUCGGCGACCUGGCCUUUCGCGCCCAGCCGGGUCUGGCCGGCUCCUGGAUCGGCUUCCUGCUGAACGCCAUCUUCCUCGUCGCCCAGUUCUGGGUCGGCGGCUGGCCGCUCCCGCCCGUCACCGGCGAGGAGCAGACGCCGCUCUCCAUCGCCGGCGAGUUCUUCCUGCAGUGCAUGGCCAUCCCCAUCGUCCUCAUCAUGUGGCUCGGCCACAAGCUCUACUACCGCACCAGCUUCGUCCGCGCAGACGACAUGGACAUCGACACGGGUCGUCGCGACUUCAACCUCCCCAUCCUCAUGGCCCAGGAGUACGAGGAGAAGCGCAACUGGCCACGCUGGAAGCGUCUGUACAGGUUUUUUUGCUAA